UUUCUUCCAAGGUCACAUGACUAGACUGAGCAGACUGAGUCGACCAAUCACCAGCACCAGCCUUUGACGUCAACCUUAACCAAGGACAUCCGAGGAACUAGGACGACAUAUAUCAUUCUCGGGAUCUAUUGUUUAUGUAGUAACUCAGUUCCUUCGCAAUAGAAAUAUAUAUAAAAAGAGAAAAACAAUGGCUCCUCUAGUAACUGUAGCUACUUGUUCCCUCAACCAGUGGGUGCUGGAUUUCGAAGGAAACACGAACCGGAUCAUUGACAGUAUCCGCAUCGCCAAAGCUGCUGGGGCCAAGCUUCGCGUAGGACCUGAACUUGAAAUUACCGGCUACUCAUGUCAAGACCACUUUCUGGAAGGGGAUCUCUACUUGCAUGUUUGGCAAUGCAUUGCAACCAUCGUUGAUCAUCCCGACUGUCAAGAUAUCCUUAUUGAUAUUGGCGCUCCUGUGCGCCAUCGCAAUAUUCGCUAUAAUGCGCGAAUCCACAUUUUGAAUCGGAAGAUACUUCUGAUCAAGCCAAAGAUGUGGCUUGCGGGAGAUGCCAAUUACUACGAAUACAGAUGGUUUACGCCCUGGGCUAAACCAAGAUAUGUAGAAGACUACUAUCUUGAAAGAAUCGUGGGCGGGAUUACUGGCCAGGCCACUGUCCCAAUUGGAGACGCAGUCAUCAGUACGUACGACUCCGCGAUUGGUAUCGAAACCUGCGAGGAACUCUGCACCCCGAGUAAUCCAGGUAUCCAUAUGGGGCUCAAUGGAGUAGAAAUAUUUACGAAUUCAAGUGGAAGCCACCACGAGCUCAGAAAGCUCAAGCAGAGAAUUGACCUUAUUCGCCACUGUACGAGAGGUGGUGGGAUCUAUCUAUACGCCAACCAAAGAGGCGAAGACGGAAACGGACGUCUUUAUUUCGAUGGUUCAGCAGGCAUAUUCGUCAAUGGGCGUGUGGUUGGGAUGAGCUCUCAAUUCUCGUUAAAGGAUGUGGACGUCGUCACCGCAGUUAUAGACUUAGAAGAAGUCCGCAGUUUUCGUACAUCGGUUAGUCGAAGCUCCCAAGGCAGUCAAGCCCCUGCGUAUCAGCGGAUCGAAGCCCCAAUCUCCCUGUCGAGAAAGUCAGACUCACUUAACCCGAAUAUUCAACCCUCCCCUGAUAUCGAAUUGGAAUACCAUUCCCCAGAGGAAGAAAUUGCUUUGGGUCCAGCUUGCUGGCUUUGGGAUUACCUAAGGCGCAGCAGGCAGUCUGGUUUCUUCCUUCCCCUCUCUGGAGGACUGGACAGUGCAUCGGUCGCCGUAAUCACCUUCUCGAUGUGUCGGCUUGUUGUUUCUGCUUGCCAUGACGGAAAUCAAGCCGUUAUUGCAGAUAUGCGCAGGAUCGUUGGAGAACCGGCCGAUUCACAAUGGUUGCCAGAAACUCCUCAAGAGCUCUGUGGCAAAAUCCUUCACACAUGCUAUAUGGGUACUACUAAUUCUAGCAAAGAAACGCGAAAUAGAGCCAAGGAGCUGGCGAAGUCUAUCGGAAGCUACCACAUUGACCUCGACAUGGACUCAGUGGUAUCUGCGAUAUCUAACUUAUUCACUUUUGUAACUAACUUCACUCCACGUUUCUCUGUCCACGGUGGUAGCCCCACUGAGAAUCUUGCUCUUCAAAACAUUCAAGCGCGUUCCCGCCUCGUUGUUGGCUAUAUGUUCGCCCAGCUGCUUCCUCUAGUACGGCAGAGACCAGGGGGUGGUUCCCUUCUUGUUCUUGCAUCAGGCAAUCUCUCGGAGCAAUUGAGAGGAUACCUUACCAAAUAUGACUGUUCAAGCGCGGAUCUGAACCCAAUCGGCUCGAUUGAUAAACUGGACUUGGUCAAGUUCCUGUCAUGGGCGAAAGUAAACUUUGAUAUUCCUAUUAUUGAAAGCUUCGUUCAUGCCACACCCACCGCAGAAUUGGAGCCCAUUACCGAGAGCUACACACAAUCCGAUGAAGACCAAAUGGGCAUGACCUAUGCGGAGCUCUCCGUAUUUGGACGUCUGCGCAAAAUCAGUAAAUGUGGGCCCUUUGGCAUGUAUGAGAAGCUGCUACAUAUGUGGCCUCAACAGCAUACUCCGAGGGAGAUUUAUGAGAAAGUCCGCAGGUUCUUCUAUUAUUAUGCUGCGAACCGUCAUAAGCAGGUUGUACUCACGCCAAGCUAUCACGCCGAAAACUACAGCUGCGACGAUAACCGACACGAUCAACGGCCCAUCCUUUAUCCUGCCGCAUUUCCGUUUCAGAAUAAGAAGAUCGAAGAGCAUGUGCAGGCCUUGGAAAGACAGGCCGAAGCACCCUCUGCUGCCGAAGAUACGGCGCACGAGAAGUACUUGUGAGUAUGCAGAAGCACGCGACACAAACUAGCGUAAUGGGUCUGCAAGAGAAGAGAGGAAAGUAUACUCAAAUCUGCCAUCCCUGGCGUGUAAAUAGUUUCUUAUGGCGCUAAAUUCCAGGCGAGAUGGAUUGGAUACGAGGAAACGUAGCUAGACUAAGCUUGUGCGAAAUGAAUAUCAUGUUUUACAGAGGA